GUCAGCCGUUCCAGGGCUUGGCCCGGCCGUCAUGGAGCGGGGCGGGACCUCGGCGUCGGCCGUGUGAGGUGCGGCAGCGUCCGCUCUUCCAGGCCUCCCGACCGCAGCCCCUCGCCGCCGGGGCCGCCGAAUGCGCGUCCGCUGACGGUGCAGGCCCGGCGCCGCCGCAGUUACAGCCGGGAGAUGAUUCGGGCCUAGCGGAGCCGGGACUGGAGGGAACCUAGAACAACAGCAAAGCUGAGGUCCAACUGCCUUAAGAAUGGACACCAAAGAAGAUGUAUUUGGGACAGAAAGAAAUCAAGAUAAGCACCAUGAGCCGUGAAGACCGGGAUGUGCUGCGCAUGAGAGAACGGGAGAGGCGGAAUCAGGAAGUCCAGCAGAGUGGAGACACCUUCCCGCCCAGCUCGCCUCUCUUUGCAGAGCCAUACAAAGUCACUAGCAAAGAAGAUAAGUUAUCAAGUCGUAUUCAGAGCAUGCUUGGAGACUAUGAUGAAAUGAAGGAUUUCAUAGGAGACAGAUCUAUACCAAAGCUUGUUGCAAUUCCCAAGCCUACAGUACCACCGACAGCAGAUGAAAAAACCCCAAACUUCUUUGAACAGAGACAUGGAGGCUCUCAUCAGAGCAGCAAGUGGACUCCAGUAGGACCUGCACCCAGCACUUCUCAGUCUCAGAAACGGCCCUCUGGCUUGCAGAGUGGACACAGUAGCCAGCGGACCAGUGCAGGUGGCAGUGGCACUAGUAGUAGUAGCCAGAGGCAUGACCGCGAGUCAUACAGCAGCAGCAGGAAGAAAGGCCAGCAUGGGUCAGAACACUCCAAGUCACGGUCCUCAAGCCCCGGGAAACCCCAGGCUGUUUCUUCAUUAAGCUCUAGUCAUUCCAGGUCUCAUGGGAACGAUCACCAUAGCAAGGAACAUCAGCGUUCCAAAUCACCUCGGGACCCUGAUGCCAAUUGGGAUUCUCCUUCCCGAGUGCCUUUUUCAAGUGGGCAGCAUUCAAAUCAGUCUUUCCCACCUUCACUGAUGUCAAAAUCCAGUUCAAUGUUACAGAAACCCACUGCCUACGUCCGACCCAUGGAUGGACAAGAGUCCAUGGAACCAAAGCUGUCCUCUGAGCACUAUAGCAGCCAGUCUCAUAGUAACAACAUGACUGAGCUGAAGCCCAGCAGCAAAGCCCACCUCACCAAGCUGAAGAUACCCUCCCAGCCUUUGGAUGCAUCAGUUUCUGGUGAUGUGAGCUGUGUGGAUGAAAUUCUCAAAGAGAUGACGCAUUCAUGGCCUCCCCCUCUAACGGCUAUUCAUACACCAUGCAAAACAGAACCUUCCAAAUUUCCUUUUCCAACUAAGGAGUCUCAGCAGUCUAGCUUUGGCCCUGGAGAACAAAAAAGAUACAAUACUCCUGCUAAAACAUCAAAUGGGCACCAGUCAAAAUCCAUGUUAAAAGAUGACUUAAAGCUGAGCAGCAGUGAAGACAGUGAUGGGGAGCAGGACUGUGGUAAGACGAUGCCGAGGAGUGCACCAGGAAGUAACUCUGAGCCUUCACAUCCUAAUAGUGAAGGGGCGGAUAACUCCAGGGAUGAUUCGAGCAGUCACAGUGGAUCUGAAAGCAGCUCUGGAUCUGACUCCGAGAGUGAAAGCAGUUCCAGUGACAGUGAGGCCAACGAGCCUUCGCAGAGAGCCUCUCCUGAGCCUGAACCACCACCAACAAACAAAUGGCAACUUGAUAAUUGGCUGAACAAAGUGAACCCACAUAAAGUGUCUCCAGCUUCUUCUGUAGACAGUAACAUCCCAUCAUCUCAAGCCUACAAAAAAGAGGGGCGAGAACAGAGUGCCGGGAGUAGCUACACUGACCCAGGGGGGCCUAAAGAAACAAGUUCUACUACUCCUGGACGAGACUCCAAAACCAUCCAGAAAGGAUCAGAAAGUGGGCGUGGGAGACAGAAGUCCCCUGCCCAGAGUGACAGCACAACACAGAGGAGAACCGUAGGUAAAAAACAACCCAAAAAACCUGAGAAAUCAGCUGCAGAGGAGCCCCGCGGAGGCCUGAAGGUAGAAAGUGAAACCCCAGUGGACGCAGCCGCCAGCAUGCCAUCCAGCAGACACAAAGCGGCCACCAAGGGCUCCCGGAGGCCCAAUAUAAAGAAGGAGUCUAAAUCUUCCCCUCGACCUACCGCAGAGAAGAAGAGAUACAAGUCAACAAGUAAAUCUUCUCAGAAGUCACGGGAAAUCAUAGAAACAGACACCUCCUCCUCAGAUUCGGAUGAGAGUGAGAGCCUUCCUCCUUCCUCACAGACUCCUAAGUACCCCGACAGCAGUAGGACUCCUGUGAAACCCUCGUCGGGGGAGGAAGAAGACAGCUUUUUUCGGCAACGAAUGUUCUCUCCUAUGGAAGAGAAGGAACUUCUUUCCCCCCUCAGUGAGCCUGAUGAUAGGUAUCCACUUAUUGUGAAGAUUGACCUGAAUCUCUUGACUCGAAUACCAGGAAAGCCUUACAAAGAAACAGAACCACCCAAGGGAGAAAAGAAAAGCAUGCCAGAAAAACAUACGAGAGAGGUGCAGAAACCAGCCUCAGAAAGAGUUUCUAACAAAGGCAAGAGGAAGCAUAAGAAUGAUGAAGAUAACCGAGCCACUGAGAGCAAAAAACCCAAAACAGAGGACAAGACCUCAUCAGGCCACAAGCUGUCCAGCAACAGAGAGUCAUCUAAGCAGAGCAGUGCAAAAGAGAGGGACUUGUUACCAUCACCUGCGGGGCCCGUGCCUUCAAAAGAGUCAAAAACAGAGCAUGGCUCUCGGAAGAGGACGCUCAGCCAGUCUUCUUCCUUAAAGUCGAGUGGUAACAACAACAAGGAGAGCAGCACCAGCAGCAAGAGCAGCUCCUCCACCUCAAAGCAGAAGAAGACUGAAGGGAAGGCAUCCAGCAGCUCCAAAGAGGCUAAGGAAAAGAUUCCAAAUAGCUCCUCCAACUGUCCUCCAUCUACAACUCCUGAUGCUUCAAAACCUCGGAGAACAAAGCUUGCCUUUGAUGACAGAAAUUAUUCAGCAGACCAUUAUUUACAAGAAGCAAAAAAGCUAAAGCACAAUGCAGACGCUCUGUCUGAUAGGUUUGAGAAGGCAGUGUACUACCUUGAUGCUGUGGUGUCUUUCAUCGAAUGUGGGAACGCAUUAGAGAAGAAUGCUCAGGAAUCUAAGUCCCCAUUCCCGAUGUAUUCAGACACAGUGGAGCUCAUCAAAUAUACUAUGAAGCUAAAGAAUUACUUGGCCCCAGAUGCCACAGCUGCAGAUAAGAGACUCACAGUGCUUUGCCUGAGGUGCCAGUCUUUGCUGUACCUGCGGCUAUUCAAACUGAAGAAGGAGAAUGCACUGAAGUACUCCAAGACACUGACAGAGCACCUGAAGAAUUCUUACAAUAAUUCUCAAGCACCUUCACCUGGCUUGGGGAGCAAAGCUGUUGGGAUGCCUUCCCCUGUUUCCCCAAAGCUGUCACCAGGCAAUUCUGGAAAUUACUCUUCUGGGGGCAGCAGUGCUUCAGCAAGUGGUUCCUCAGUGACCAUUCCACAGAAGAUCCACCAGAUGGCAGCCAGCUACGUUCAGGUUACAUCCAACUUCCUCUAUGCCACUGAAAUUUGGGACCAAGCUGACCAACUUUCCAAAGAGCAAAAAGAGUUCUUUGCUGAACUGGACAAGGUGAUGGGUCCUCUCAUCUUUAAUGCGAGCAUCAUGACAGACCUGGCUCGUUACACCCGGCAGGGACUGCACUGGCUUCGCCAGGACGCCAAGCUGAUAUCGUGAACUGAGUGUACUCUCGUUGCCUCUGAUUUUCUCCACAACACUGUGUCACAUCACAAAGGAAAACUGCCAUACACGCCUCCUAGUCGACACUAAGAAUGAGGAAUGGUUUUCUCCUCCUGGUUUAUGUGGUGUUUUUUAUAACCCAAAGCCAUCAUAUCAGUUGACCCUUUCAAUAUUCCCAAUGUGAAAAGUAUUUAAAUGUUUUUAAACCUGCAGCACAUUGGUAAGGUGGUUUUAGUGAUUGGAAUUCCAGUUACAAUUUAUAAUUAAUCAAGUGAAAUUCUAUUUAUUUUAACUUUUUUCAAGUCCCAGAUUGGGGCCUGUUUAAAGCUUAGUUAUUUCUGCCUAUAAAUUUACUCUGUUGAAUAUUUAGCAUAAAUUUAAUGUAGGCAUUUUUAUUUAUAUAUUUUGGGAGCUUUGUUACCUAAUGUCUUUUUGUGGUAGGUCUUCUAAGAGAGUUGGUUCAUCUAAGAUAGGGACAUGUUCUUUCUAUACCUACUACCUGGUAUUUCAGAUCUUAACUACAAUUUUAUUAUUGUAGGAUUUAUGCUUAGUAUUAAGGAUACUCUUCUACAAAUGAAAAAUCACUUAAAUAUGAGAAGAUGGCAUUCUACAUGGAUGCAAAAAGAAAUGUGUCUUGUUUGAUAUGCAUUAUUUCAAAAACUGUGAAUGUGUAUAUUAACACUAGCAAUCACAAGGUGACUAUAAAUUGCAUUUAAUGCAUUACAAAAAAAAGCAGAUAAACUUGUUGGGAGAAGCAUGUCAUAUUGAAGGGCCUCAUGAAAGGACAAUCUUAAACUAAGGGUUUUAUUGAAACCUUGUGUUCUUUUUAUUUUAAUCAUUUGACAGGCAAUUGAAGCAGAAUAAGUUACUCCUGAAGCAAAGGGCAAUCCAGUUUCUGAAGGUUGUGGCCUAUGUCUCUCUCACUGAUAAUGUUUGAUGGUUAGUCUCUCUGCAGAUUUCCCCCUAUAGUGGAUAGAUUGUGAUGUUCAGAGAAGUCCAUGCAGUGACUUGAUCUAGAAAUGGGCUGACUGGAGCUUUUCAGGGUGUGCUUUUACAGUUCUAACUCUAAUGUGGAGAUGAUGAAGUUCUCCUUUUCAAAGUUUUCAAAGGCCCUCAUCAAUGAUGUGUUUCUGACAGGUCAGAAAUUCACCGAAGCCAGGUGCGGUUGUACAUACCUGUAAUCCCAUUCAGGAGGUGGAAACAGGAGGAUCAGAUCCUUCUCAAGCUCUAAAAUGAGUUUGAGGCCAGCCUGAGCUAUACAAGACUCACAUAAAAAGAAGGAAAAAAGAAAAAGAAAAAAAAAGAAAAAUUUCUUAUUAGAAAAGUACCUAACUUGGUUCAAUGUGAGCUCCUUUGGAAAAGGGAAAAAGUAGGGACAGAGCCUAAGAAACCUGCUCUGUAACAAUUGUACAUUCAAAGUACCGUUCCCUUGAGGUACGUGGAGGAGUGAAGGGUGAGGAUUUAUCUUCCUCUAUACUUUUUUAGUGCCCCUGUCAUGUCUGGUGUGCCUUAAAUCUUACCUUUAAAUGACAACUCUAUGGAUUGUUUACAGAUGAAGUUUUACACUAGGACCAGAUUAGCCGUGCUUGGUUGGUCCUUUACAAUAAUAAUUUUAAAUUUUCUUUGUUUUUGUUUUUGUUUUGGGGUUUUUUUGUUUUUGUUUUUUUUUUUUUUUGGUCUUUUUGAGACAGGGUCUCCCUGUAGCCCCAGCUGGCCUGGAACUCACUAUGUAGACCAGGCUGGCCUCAACUCACAGAGAUCCACCUGCCUCUGCCUCCCCAGUGCUGAAAUUUUCUUUGAUUUUAAAUCUUCCUUUAGAGUCACAUAAAGACUAAUUUCUGAGAAGUUAAUGCUUUGGUGCAUGAUGUGCUGUGUUGGUAUAAUGCUGCUUCAAAAUGGCUUGUCCCUCUCACUCCAAAAGUCCAUCCAGUUGGGAAAAAAAUUGCCCUACUGUCGGCAGAUGAUUGUUUCGAUUUGAAAUGGAACGGGAGGAAGAGUGAUAGGAAAUCUUCAGUCCAGCAGUGUCGCUCACCCUCUGGCGUAGUCUGUUUCUCACCUGUUUCUGCUGACCCGUGAACUUUGUCCUGCACUCUGUUUAUAGAGCUUAAGUGUUUUGUGUCUCCUUGUUUUAUAUCAUUGAAGAUUGAAAUCUACAUAUUACCCUGAAUUUAACAUUUUUUCCCCUUGGAGAAAUUGCCUCUGAUAUCUUUCUAAUUUAAUGGUAGUGUUUUAGGACUAGUUUUUCUUCAGAGGACAUUGUCUCCUCAAUUGUGAUGGUGAUUUACUCUAACAGUUGUGAAUCAAGUGUGUGUAUGUCCUGUCCUUUGCUGAUUCCUCUGAGUCUGGUUCCUUAAUUUGCAGUGAUGUCUUAGAAGUGCAGCAAGUAUUCUCUGGGCUUUUAGACUUCAAUAACAAAGGCAGUGGGGCACCUCUGAGUUCGAAUUCUAGUGUCGUGUGUCCUAAAAGGCAGCUGGAGCAUUCUGGGGUCAGACUGAUGGUAGAGCGAAGUUUCCUGCAUAUUUAAUGGUGCUGCUUCAAGAUGCUUCUCUUUAAAACGGCUAAUUCUUGAGGAAUGAAUUUGUGAAGCCUUUUAUUGUGGAAGAUUUUCCCCAUGAGGUAGAAACGGGCAGUGGAUCAAAAUUGAGUUUUCGAUGUUGUAGUCUGAGAAUGCACUCUCCUCUGUGUCUGUCUUCUCAGAUGUCUGUGUCAGUCAUCUCCAGCACACACCUUGGACUCCUUUACAGUGACCAUUCCUCCCUUCUCAGUAGGUGCCCCGAGCAUCUACUAACCACUUCAAACUGGUUUUGACAAGUGGCUACAAACUUACUUAGUCUGAAACUUACAUUCACUAUACAGUUAGUUAUAGAAAUAGCAACUAUCUUUAAAAUGAUACUCUGUUGACUGCUCUAAAGAUUAUGCUUGUAUGCCAGGAGGCCGCAGCCUGCACCAUGGUCCCUCUAUAGGCAACCCACAGACAACUGCGGGAGGUGGCACUACCCCAGUAGUCUUGGCCUGGGAGAGGCUGGGCUGCAGGAGCACUCCCUUCCAGCAUUCAAGCCUGAGCAGCCUAGCCCCAGGCUCCAUGCUGGCUGGAGAGCACCCAGCCCUCUCUCUGCCUUAGUUCCACGUUUUUCUGAGCAAGGAGCUACAAAGUCACUUUAUUAGCAGUGUGUACUUCAGACAAUUUAUAGCAAUAGCUGCUGAAGAGAAGAUUGAGCACUACAGUUUGAAUACAAAGCAAUUCAGAGUAAUGUGUGCACAUGCCCACGCGAGUCUGUGUUUCUGAGGAGCUCUUGCCCUAGGGAUCCAUAGGCAUCUUGGGCUGCACUUUGAGUGACACACCUGUGGCUUUAGUAGAUUCACUGUUGUGUGGCGUUGUUGUUGUUUGUUUUUGUUUUUAAAUUGUCCUCAUUUCUUUUUAUUAAAGAUUUAAUCAGCCAGGUUAAGCAGCAUCAUUGUAUUUAAUGGUGGAAACUUUGGUAUCUUGAGAUUUAGUGAAUGAGCUUCAUCAUGAAGCAAGAGCCUGCAGAAGGCAUCUGUUUUAUAAACACAAGUGCUGGCCUGAGGCCAGAGCUCAGUGGAGUUUCAGGGCAGCCAGUGGUGGCUCCAGUUAGUGAUGCCUAGCUCAGUUGAGAAGGGGACACUGUGCACUCUUCUAGGUAUGAGGGUAUGCAACCUUGGAUCUUAAAAUUAUGUACACAUACACUCUUUAUAUAUAUGUAUGUAUGUAUGAAAACAUAAAAUUAGUUUGUCAAAAAUGUGUGUUUAGUACUUUAGCUUAGUGCAACUAUUUCCACAUUAUUUAUUAAAUUGAUCUGAGACACUUUGUUCUUGACACCUUGAAUGUUAAUGUUCAAGAGUGCAACGUGUGUUCCUUUAGGUUGUUAAAGCUUAAUUACUAUGGUUUGUAGUAAAUUAACUUUUCAAAUAUAUUGAGCCCUUCUAUAGUGUAAUAGGGCUCUUACAGGGUGGGAAAGAUUUUAAUUUUCCAGUAGGUAAUGGAAAAAAAAUGGCUUCAUUAUGUAUUUUGAAUUAGAGGAGUCUAUAGGUGUCUUGGACCCAGAAACAUCUACUGAGGAUGACUGUUUUAGGCAGCUUGUGACGGUGUUUAGAAUAAACCUAAAUAACUUGGGGAUCCAGAACAUGUCAUUCAAAUCCAUGUAGACUCUUAGAACGCACACUAUGCUAGUAUGUGGAAUGCAGGUUUCAUUUCAGCUUCACACCAUGGUUGGAGAGGCAGUCUUUCUUCCAGUAAUAUUGCACACCUAAUGUUGCUGUUCAGUAAAAUCAAUACAAGAAAUAAUCAUUGAAUGGCUUGGAAAGUGCAGUGGCAGGUGGCCCAGUGGUUAUGUUUGUGAACAUACUUUCCCCAUACUCACUAACAGGAAUCCAGCUAAGACUUGUGGACACUAAAACCAAGCUACUAAGUAGUACAAAGUAAGUCAUUAAAAGUUAAUGAAGACCAGGCAUGCUGCUGUACACCCUGAGUUCAAGGUCAUCCUCUGCUACAGAGUGAGUUCCAAGCCAACCUGAGCUACAUGAGACCCAUUCUCAAAGAACACAAGUAAAUAAAGAAGUUAGUGGAGGUGCGUGCUUCCAUUGCGGCAUUCAAAGUGCCAAUUUGAGGCCUGCAUGCCCUCCAUUUAACCCUGUAAAAACCAAA